UAAUUACAAAAAUACUAUAACUUCUCAAUAGUUUCCAUUCAUUGUGCAGUAUUGUCAUGUUUCAGGCCUGUUCUAUGACCUUUUAUAUUUUUACGAUAUGAAAAUAUUUACUCAACAGUAACAAAGAUAAUGAUAUAAAACAUGUUUACUGUGAUAAUUUUUAACCUUAUAAUUCAUAACAAUAUUUUCCUGUAACGUCAUCCUCAAUGCUUUCCAGGUCACUGUAGACCUUUAUAGUGAGUAAUGUUCUAUAAAUAAUUGUAAUUUGUAUGCUAAUAAGUUAAUAGUAUCAAUAUGGAUAUUGUGAUACAAGUAAACAACCAAUCUAAUGGUAGAGAUAAACUGGCCAGGUUAUUCCAAUACACAAGCAGGCUUUUGUGGCAUCAACUUGAAUCUAGAAAUGCCAAUAAAUAUUCAAUUGACAGAAUAAAAAGCCUCGAAAAUGCUAUGAGUUCAUUCAGAAAAGUUCUCCGAAUGGGCAGAUGUAUUGAUAUUUGCUACAUGGCACUAAAUACAAUGCACAUAGAAGAUCCAUUCUUAAGAAUGUCAUUGACUGUGAGCAAAAUAGCACAUGCACUGUUCUUAUAUGCCGACCAUGUAGUUUGGUUGGCAAAGAGCGGUUUUCUAAAGACAGAUUCAGAUAAGUGGAGUAAAACUGCAAACAGGUUCUGGCUGUUAUCAAUAAUUGCAAAUUUGGCCAGAGAUAUUUAUGAGAUAUUACAUCUCUUAGAAGUCAAUCACACAACAUUGCUUAAGACCUCAGAAUUAUUGGGAUGUUCUAUUAAACAUUUUGAUCUGCAAAGGAGCUUGAAACAUGUAUACACAAUUAUACACUGUCAUAGAGAUAUCUUUAUAGAUACACUGAAAAAUUCUUGUGAUUUAUUCAUUCCGUUGACUGCUUUAGGAUUCACGAGGUUAAAUCCCAGUGCAGUUGGUGCGUUAGGAGCUAUUUCGUCAUUAGCAGCAUUAGUUACAGUAAUUAAACCCAUAACAAAAUUGCUUCCAGCGUAAUUUUAAGACUGACAUAUUUUAGCAACGGGAUUUUUUUGUUGGGUAAUGGUAAUUUUUUAACAAAAAAAUUUUAUCGUAUUCGUUUUAAAUAUUUGUUUUCAAAUAGAUAAAAUUCAAUAAUUUUUAAAUAGUCUUUAUAUUUAACUAGUUAUAUACUUUGUUGCUUUAUCUUAAAUAAGCACAAUAUCUGGCUGGCUGGGGUGUUUCUAAUCGGUCAUACGGUCUAUUAUUAAACGUUUGUAAAAUUGA